AUGCAUUUUCUUAAUUUCAAAAAUGAGUUGAAAAAGGAACUUCAAAAGAUCAAUUACGGCUAUAAAAAUAGCGGUAAGUGAGUCCGUUUUGACUUCUUUGAACUGUUUGUAACUUUAGGUCUCGAUGAAGAUACCAUUCAUCAAAAUGAAUCCAACAUUUUCGAUAAUAUCUACUCUCCUUUGGUCCUAUUCGGAAUUUUCACUUGUAUCGGAUUCUUCAUUGGAUAUCUAAAUUUUUUCAGGUAAUGUGUACAUUCACAAGAAUCAUUUUUGCACUAAGGUGUUUUUCAGAGCCAACCGUGGUCGCAUUGUGGCUCGCAAGCGUCCUACUUUCUACUAA